GUUCAUGUGGGUUGAAUUUCAUUUCACUUUUGCACUAGGUACCCUUUUUAAAAACGACAUGGCGGGUAGCGUAACAGACGCAGUGGCGUUUCUGGUUUUCUGUUAAUACAAUCAGAGAGAGAAGAUCAACGGAAACACAGAGCCUCUACAGAACGAGUUGAGAGAUGGCAGAAGCCGAUGAUAUUCAGCCUCUCGUGUGUGACAAUGGGACCGGAAUGGUCAAGGCAGGAUUUGCCGGAGACGAUGCUCCAAGGGCAGUGUUCCCGAGCAUUGUUGGUAGGCCUCGUCACACAGGGGUGAUGGUCGGGAUGGGCCAAAAGGAUGCGUAUGUGGGAGAUGAGGCUCAAUCAAAGAGAGGUAUUUUGACCCUCAAAUACCCAAUUGAGCAUGGAAUCGUUAGCAACUGGGAUGAUAUGGAGAAGAUCUGGCAUCACACAUUCUACAAUGAGCUACGAGUGGCUCCUGAGGAGCAUCCAGUUCUUCUCACCGAAGCUCCUCUCAAUCCCAAGGCCAAUCGUGAGAAAAUGACCCAGAUCAUGUUCGAGACCUUCAAUACCCCUGCCAUGUAUGUUGCCAUUCAGGCUGUGCUCUCCCUAUACGCCAGUGGCCGUACAACUGGCAUUGUUUUGGACUCUGGAGAUGGUGUGAGCCAUACAGUUCCAAUCUAUGAAGGCUAUGCCCUUCCUCACGCCAUCCUGAGAUUGGAUCUGGCAGGCCGUGAUCUCACUGAUGCUCUUAUGAAAAUACUGACUGAACGUGGUUACUCAUUCACCACCACUGCUGAACGGGAAAUUGUUAGGGACAUUAAAGAGAAAUUAGCCUAUAUUGCUCUUGACUAUGAACAAGAGCUAGAAACAGCAAAAACCAGCUCAUCCGUGGAGAAGAGCUAUGAGUUACCAGAUGGGCAGGUGAUCACCAUUGGUGCUGAAAGAUUCAGAUGCCCAGAAGUCCUCUUCCAACCAUCCAUGAUCGGAAUGGAAGCCCCCGGCAUACAUGAAACCACAUACAACUCUAUCAUGAAAUGUGAUGUGGAUAUCAGGAAGGAUCUCUAUGGAAACAUUGUCCUUAGUGGUGGAUCCACUAUGUUCCCAGGUAUUGCAGAUAGAAUGAGCAAGGAAAUCACUGCAUUGGCUCCAAGCAGCAUGAAGAUUAAGGUGGUUGCACCACCAGAAAGGAAAUACAGUGUCUGGAUUGGAGGCUCCAUCUUGGCAUCCCUGAGCACCUUCCAGCAGAUGUGGAUUUCAAAGGCCGAGUACGAUGAGUCUGGACCAUCAAUUGUCCACAGGAAGUGUUUCUAAACGUGCCAAGCAAAACUGGUUGUGGAAAUAUGAUUUACAUAUGUUUUGUUCAUGAAAGGCUUUGGAUCAAGUGGUUGCGAUCUCUUUUUUCCUUUUCCCAUAUUUUUUUGGCUUUCUCUUCCAAUUUGUUUAAUGUCUGCAUAAUGAACACGAGUGGGUCAGCUGUAAGAUUCAAAUUUUUAUUUCAUUACCAUUUCAUUGUAGAAGAAAUGUCAAUUCAUUGGGGUUUACUAAAACAGGUUGGCUAUUAUUUCUUCAA